UUAACGUAGGCAAAAAUGUUACGCCAGGUUUUCCGAUGUGGCAGCAGACGCAGUUACAGCUAUAAAUCUGUUCGUCGUCCUAACCUUGGUGCUCUAUCUGGCAAUGUCCAGUUGGAGCAGAGUCAAAAGCCGAAGCAGCCACCUGGAGCAAAUGCGAGACCGAAUGGUAACCUGGCCAAGCAGUUGGCCGCCAAAAUUCAAGCGACGGGGCCCAUUACCGUGGCCGAAUACAUGCGUGAGGUGCUAACGAAUCCCAAGGUCGGAUACUACAUGAAUCGGGAUGUGUUUGGACGGGAGGGUGACUUCAUAACAUCUCCGGAAAUAUCUCAGAUUUUUGGAGAGCUCGUGGGAAUCUGGUUGAUGAACGAAUGGCAGAAGCUGGGCAGUCCGUCGCCUUUCCAGCUUGUGGAAUUGGGACCGGGACGGGGCACAUUGGCCCGUGAUGUGCUUAAAGUGUUGUCCAAAUUCAAAAGUGGCGCUCAGUUCACCAUGCACAUGGUCGAGAUUAGUCCGUAUCUGAGCCAGACGCAAGCGCAACGCUUCUGCUACAAGCAUGAGGUCCUGGCAGAAGGGGAGCAGCUGCCACACUACCAAGUUGGUACUACGGCCACGGGUACGCAGGUGUUCUGGCAUCGUCGGCUGGAGGAUGUGCCAGCUGGGUUUUCUCUGGUGCUGGCGCACGAGUUCUUCGAUGCGCUGCCUGUGCACAAGCUGCAGCUGAUCGAUGGCCAGUGGCAGGAAGUGCUCAUUGACGUGGACACAAAGUCGACGACUGCUGAUUUCCGAUAUGUUUUGUCCAAGGCUCAGACACCCGUUUCGCAAUUGUUCAAGCCGCUGCCGCAGGAGCAGCGCACCUGCCUAGAGUACUCUCUUGAAGCGGAGCGACAUGUGGGCCUUCUGGCAGAGCGAUUAGAGCAGCAUGGGGGCAUCGCCUUGAUUAUGGACUACGGCCACUUUGGCGACAAAACAGACACGUUUCGAGGUUUCAAGCAGCACGCCCUGCACGAGCCACUACUGGCGCCAGGCACGGCGGAUCUCACAGUUGAUGUCGACUUCAGGCAUUUAAAGCAUGUCGCGGAGAUGCGCAGCCACAUCCACUGCUGUGGGCCAGUGCAGCAGGGUGACUUUUUGAGAAAUAUGCAGGGCGAAGUUCGCCUGCAGCAGCUCCUGGCCCAUGCGUUGCCCGAAAACCAGAGCAUCAUACGCUCCGGCUACCAGAUGCUUACCGAUCCAAACCAAAUGGGCAGCCGAUUCAAGUUCCUUGCCAUGUUUCCCGGCGUAGUGGCUGCCCACUUGGAGAAGUAUCCCGUGGCUGGCUUUGGAUAACAUAUGUUUUGUAUUUAAUAUAUAAAUGUUCUGUUUUAUGCACGAUCUACUAUAGUAA